GGUGGGGCUCCGGAGCUGUGGUUCAGAAAGCCGGGACCUGAGGGAGUCUGCAGGUGCCACACACUCCGACCCGAGAUGACAGCCAGCAAGCGAGUGGCUAAGGAGUUGGAGGAUCUUUUGGAGAAGCUUCCACCAUACCUGCGGGACCUGUCUAGCGAUGAUGCCAACGUGCUUGUAUGGCACAUGCUCCUGCUGCCUGACCAACCUCCCUAUCACCUCAAGGCCUUCCAUCUGCAAAUUGACUUCCCCAGAGAGUAUCCACUUAAGCCUCCCACUUUGAAAUUCAUCACCAAGAUCUAUCACCCCAACAUCAGCGAGGAUGGGUUGGUGUGCCUGCCCCUCAUCAGCACUGAGAACUGGAAGCCUUACACCAAGACCUGCCAAGUCUUGGAGGCCCUCAACAUGCUGGUGAGUAGACCAAAUCCAGAGGAGCCUGUGCGGUUGGAACUUGCUGACCUCCUGACUCAGAACCCGGAGAUGUUCAGGCAGAAGGCAGAGGAAUUCACCCUUCAAUUUGGAGUGGACCGACCCUCUUAAGGCUGGUUCUGAGGCCUCUCUGCCUGGAUCUUCUGCUGAGUGGAUGGAUAUCAGAGACUGGCACCAUCUUGUGCUCAAGUUUUUCUUUGUAGCUGCUGAUUACCAAUAAAUGUGCCUACUGUGUGUGUGUAUGGGG